AGCUGCCUAGUCGGUAACAUCCAUCAGCUGAUAACAACAAUUCUCGAAAACUUAAAAUUUUAAUAAAUGAGCCAGGCCAAGGUUUCCAUAGCCUUGGGAAGCAUCCCAUGCGAAACCGGCCUGGCUGAAGGGCCCCAUUGGGACGCCGACAGAGAAGAGCUCUUCUACGUAGAUGUUGUCCACCACUCCGUUUUCCGCUACCUUCCAAAAGAGGAGGAAUGCUACAAGGUGGAAAUUGACGCCGAAGACAUCUCCGUCGUCGUUCCCGUCGCCAGAGAGCGUAAUAAAUACAUCGUCGCUGCAGGAAGAACGGUCCAACUGAUCGACUGGGAUGGCCUUUCGACCACCCCCAGUGAAGCUAAACUUCUCCACACUGUCGACGAUGAACUUCCAACCAACAGGUUAAACGAUGGCAAAUGUGACGCCCACGGAAGGCUUUGGGCAGGAUCCAUGGGUGAAUUUGACGUAAAGACGGGGAAAGUGCGGUUAAAAAAGGGGUCGCUCUAUAGUUUCGAGGGUGUCUUACCGGAAGUGCACUUUGGCCAGAUCGACAUCGCCAACGGCCUGACAUGGUCACCUGACAAUUCCGUCAUGUAUUACAUUGAUUCUAAUUCUGGACGGUUGGACGCGUACGAUUUUAAUUUGGAAAGCGGGACUUUAAGCAAUCGUCGUACGGCAUACAACUUCAGGUCGGCAGGAACACUCGGACUGGCCGAUGGGAUGACGAUUGAUACAAAUGGGAAUGUUUGGGUGGCCAUGUUUGGCGGACAAGGGGUGGUACAAAUCGACCCUAGAGUCGGCAAACAGAUUGGUCUCGUAGAAAUGUACGCAAAUCGUGUGACCUCUGUCACCUUUGGGGGGACAAAUUUGGACACAUUGUACAUCACGACGGCGGGCGCAUUUAUGCCGAACGAUAAAUUGGAAGACUUUGGACUUGGUGCGGGACAACUUUACCAAGCCGUUAACGUAGGGGCUAGAGGCUUAAGUGGUGGAGUUAGUUAUGCAGGAAUAAUUUAGUAAUUAAGUAGAUAAAAUAAAUAUUUGCAAUUAAAAAUGUUCACACAUCAGCAUAUCACACAAACCAACCAUUUUUUUUAUUUAUCACUUCACUCUAAAUCGGACAAAAAUAAAACUUUGAGUACCUA